AUUUCUAAUCACAUAUGCAUAUGCACAAAACUCAAAAUUCCAAAACAUAGGCCACUAUAGUGGCAAAACUAUCGAUAUUUGAAGUAAUUACACGUUUUCCAGCUCUGGAAUCCAAAGACGAACGUUUACCCACACUGCCGCAAUCGCGAACAUUUUUUAUUAUGGCACUUGCGCGGCUCACAAACAAAAUUCGCUGAUAAAAACCCAUUGGAAGUCAUUUCCGUACGCCGAGGACUCAGCCAAUUUAAGUGUCCGGUUAAAAAGAUCGCUGCACAGGAAGCGGAACUGCCCUGAAAAAUAUAUUUUUCCCGCCGCUUUCUAUCCCAUCACCCCCGCAAAACAAGGGACGCCGAUCGAAACAUUUAGUUUGUGCAAGUAGCUGAAACCCACACGGUCGGCCAUCAAAUAUUAUGAAAUGGCAUCAGCUUUAAAUACCUUGCCUAGUGUUAUCUGAAAGUGUGUUAAUAAAUGCGAUACAAUCUAGACAUAAUAGUGUGUCCUGUGAGGGCAGAUUGAAUUGUACAUAUUCCGACACUCUUGCAUUUGAUCAGGAGCAUUGAUCCCCCGAAUCAGAGCUUAAGACUAUUCACCCACGUGGAACUUGUUGCUUGAGGCUUGGUUGUAGGUCAGUGCGAAGAGGUGGCUGAUCCGGCGGCGAAAGGUGCGCACCAGGCGACGUCCGGCGACGAUACAAUGCCAUCGGCCAUGAGUGGCGCGGCACAUGCCCACAUACCCAGCAACGAGGAGUGCGGCAUCCGCGACGUGUGGAAGCAUAACCUGGAGGAGGAGUUCCGCACCAUUCGGAAAGUGGUGCAGAAGUACCACUAUGUGGCCAUGGACACCGAGUUUCCGGGCGUGGUAGCACGACCCGUCGGCGAGUUCCGCUCCACGGCGGACUAUCAUUAUCAGCUGUUGCGCUGCAAUGUCGACCUGCUGCGGAUCAUCCAAUUGGGCCUGACCUUCAUGGACGACGAUGGAAAGACACCACCCGGCUACUCCACCUGGCAGUUCAACUUCAAGUUUAACCUGAGCGAGGACAUGUAUGCGCAGGACUCAAUCGAUCUGCUGCAGAAUUCCGGAAUUCAGUUCAAGAAGCACGAGGAGGAUGGCAUCGAUCCCAUCGACUUUGCCGAGCUGCUCAUGAGCUCCGGCAUCGUGCUGGUGGACAACAUCAAGUGGCUGUGCUUCCACUCCGGCUACGAUUUUGGCUACCUUCUAAAGCUGCUCACCGAUCAGAACCUGCCCUCGGACGAGGGUGAAUUUUUCGAGCUGCUUCACAUCUAUUUUCCCAACAUCUUCGACAUCAAGUAUCUGAUGAAGUCGUGCAAGAACCUGAAGGGCGGUCUGCAGGAGGUGGCCGAUCAGCUGGAACUGCGGCGCGUGGGCCCCCAGCAUCAGGCCGGCUCGGAUGCAUUGCUGACGGGCAUGGCCUUCUUCAAAAUGCGUGAGAUGUUCUUUGAGGACAAUAUCGACCACGCGAAGUACUCCGGACACCUGUACGGCCUGGGCACCUCCUUCAUCGUCAACGGCACCAACUUCCACGAGAGCAACGGCGAGACGAACAGCGCCUCAUGAUUCGUACUAAUGGGGAACGUGGUCGUGCACGACAGAAAGUUCGAUCAGGAGGAUACACCGGGUCCGUCGGCGUCUGUGCAGGCCACGCCACCUGGCCAACUGCUCCUAGCCGCAACCACACCUUUACAGUAAUCUGUCAUUAGUCACAGAUCGCUCCCAUUUAUUAACAAUUGCCCCGUUGGCCAUAAAGCUACUUUCUUGAUGUUCCCGCGCAAGUUCAGAUGAAACCCAACCAUUCAAUACAACAACAUGGCAUAAACUAAUUGUAAAUCGCAAAGAUAUGAGAAACCUGCAAAACAAAAAUAGAUUCAAUUUCAAAUUCUGCAUGUCUUAAAUGUGUUACGAAUACAAAACUAAGUAAUACUAAGCUAAUACUGUAAGCCCAUGGGCGAAACAUAGAAUAUUGUGUAUUUGUAAAAACAACAAGAAAACAAUAUAUU